CCCAUUCCUUCUUCCGUACGUUUUGACGUACACGGAUGUGCGUAUGAGUUGUAAACAAAAACGGACAAUCACUACUUUCCUUCUCUGAGCCAAACCAGAAACCAAACGUCGACAUAUCUCACCGACCGUACUUUCUUCGAGGGUGCAGAUGUGUGGCAGUGGUUGAUGAAGUGCCAGCUCCCCACCAUAAGCAGACAUAUUUUGGUGUUGUCGGCCUGCAGAAACAAUUGCAGCCAACAUGUCUAGGAAACAGACACCGAAAUCUGUGCGAAGCAAUAAAAAGAGUGAACUGGAACGUAAGAGGGAUGAGCGGGCAGCACGCAGGGCCAUUGUGAAAGACCGCAAGAACCGCCCUCAGGAUGGUGACGAAGGCGCAGAGUUUGUCAGUUUCUCCAAUCAGCUCCAGGCCCUGGGGCUCAAGCUGAGGGAAGUCCCUGGAGAUGGGAACUGCCUGUUCAGAGCUCUAGGAGACCAGUUAGAGGGUCAUUCCCGGGGUCACCUGCGGCUCCGCCAGGAGACAGUCCAGUAUAUGACGUCUCAUCGACAAGACUUUGAACCCUUUGUCGAGGAUGACGUGCCCUUUGCACAACACUUGUCCAACCUUUCUCAACCUGGUACAUUUGCUGGAAAUGAUGCUAUUGUGGCUUUUGCUCGCAGUCAACAGGUGAAAGUGGUCAUCCAUCAGCUGAACACACCGCUGUGGGAGAUAAAUGGUGUAGAGAAGCAGGUGUGCAGAGAGCUACACAUUGCCUAUCGCUAUGGAGACCAUUACGACAGCGUGAGGCGGAUUGGAGACAACUCUGAGAGUCCUGCCCACCUCCGCAUAGAGAAUCUGCAGAAUUCACAUGGCCAGCAGCGUGAGUUUGGGGACGGGCAGAGGGACAGACAGAAAAACCCUUCUCCUACAGCGUCAGAGGAGGACAGCGUCAUCCUGAGCUCCAUCAAGAAUCGAGGAAUCCAGGGCGAUGAAGAGAACCUGCUCCAACUGAGUGCGGCGACAAUUAACGCUGAAUGGCUUGUCGGUUCUGUGCUGGGCCAGUCCUGCCAGGGCCAGUGUGCCUCAGGAUCCUGCUCAGCCUGCAGAGCUGCUGCGGCCGACUGCAGUGAGCACAAGCAGCCAGCAGACGGCAGCAACGUUCAAAAAACUAAGGUAUCCAACAAGCAGAGGAAAGAGCAGCAGCGGCAAGAGAAGAAGAAGCGCCAGGAGGAGAGGCAUCGGCAGAAGUUUAUCCAGAGUAAAGGGAGCCAGGACCAGAACCAGAACCUGCCAGAGGCCGUUACUUUAGUACCGGCUCUCAACACUCUCAGUAUAUAGACUGGAGCAUGGCCAUAAAUACCUACUGCUAUUCUAGCUACCAGUGGCUGUCCACAAACUUUUGCACAUAGUUCAAUUUGAUUCAGUCACAGUGGAUAACCUUUCCUAAAGAAAGCCCUAUAGUUUCUUUGCAAACAGUAUAACGGUGCCUGCAAACUUGUAUGAGUGAGAUGUGUGAAAGUUAUAAAAGGAGAGUGACAGAGCAUGACUAUCAGUGUUUUUUGUUUGUGUUUUUGAUUUACUUCAAUCCCUGGUUGGUGUUGGUGUAGAAGCUCCUCUGGUCUACCUACUACGCUACCUAGCCCUCUUUCUAUGCUUGGACAUCUGGCUUACCAUGACAACCAUGCAGAGGAUCUUGGAUUUGGAUUGAAUGAACUUGUUCAGAUUAUUCUGUUCGUCAUCAAAGAAUAGGGUAAAGGAAGAUCGGCAGAUAAAUGAUUGUUACGCACACGGUGUAAGAAAUGUGGCAAUAAAUAAUAAUAAAUGA